AUGUCGUUGUCCAACGGCGAAUUGCGUCGUCGAUACCCCAAUUUGGAACACCAAUACGUACCCGAAGAGACCAGCAAACAGUCGCGCCUUCUAUACAUCUACCACUCGGGUGUUGAUGAAGAACAAACGGCCCUCAAAGUUGCGUCUGAGUACAUCGAAUGGUUCCGCAACGCCGGCUGCAAGACCUUCGCGAUCCGCGUUGGAUACAUCCAUCUAGAACACAGGCCCGGGUGGGCUAUUUUCAUGCAACUCACGAAGCCGGAAGAAGGGUAUGGCGAGAACUGGCUCGCCGAGCUAAAGGCGAAGCCACGGAAGGACAGCGAGUUUGCUUCCGGCCAGAUUCCGGCGGAGGGGUUUUUUGAGAAGACCAACAUACGUUUCGUGCUUGGCCCAUUGCCCCUCAUGAGGAAAUACACCCAUCUGAUCUUCUACAAGGAUGUUCCUUUUCUGAUCUCCAAGCAUGUCCGAAUGCACGGUGAUGAGGCCUCCUGGGCUUUGCUGUGGGAUAUGCUUAACAAGGGCCUCCGCGGGGAGCCAGAUGCUCUUGAUAAGGCUUUGACUGCUCGAAUGGUAGAAUUUAUGAGGGAGCGCCAGUUGACGUGGGCGGAGAUGAAGCCCCGAUUUGAAGAACUCCUGCCCCGAGUUGAGGAGAUUUUUUAA